AUGGCGAGUGUCCCGUCGUCGUUCACGUCGCGCGAAGACGCGCGGAAGGCGAAGGAGCUAGAGGAGGCGCGGAAGGCGGGGACUGCGGAGCCGGAGAAGGACGAGGAAGGCAACGCCAUCAACCCACACAUUCCGCAGUACAUCAGCAAGGCGCCGUGGUACCUGAAUCAGCAGAAACCGGGGCUGAAGCAUCAGCGUUUCGUCCCAGCUGACAAGGAAGACAUCACCGUAUGGUACGAGCGCGGGAAGAAGCGAGUGGGAGCGGGCGUCAGAAAGACAAAGUUCGAGAAGGGGGCAUGCGCGAACUGCGGCGCAAAGACGCACACUGAGAAGGAGUGCGUGGAGCGGCCGCGCAGCAAGAAGGCAAAGUUCACGAACGCGAAUUUGUGCGACGACGAGGAGAUCUUUGAGGACUUGAAGCUGUCCUACGACGGCAAGCGCGACAGAUACGCCGGGUACGAUCCGAGCGAGUACAAGUGGGUGGUGCGCGCGUACGAACUCGCCGAGAUCGAACGCAAACGCAGAAAGGCGCUCGAACUCGAGAAGCAAAUCCUGACGAUGAAAGGCAAGAAACGACGAGGCGAGAAAGGGAAGAAGGCCUCGGAGGGGAACGACGGCAAGAAAUCUGGCGGGAAGAAGGCAGGCAGAGACGGCGAGGAGGCAGACUCGAACGAUAGCGGGUCUGAGCACAAGGAAGGCGAGGACAGUGGAACAAGCGACAGCGACUCGGACAGCGACGACGACUCCUCAGACGAAGACGUGAAGCAACACGACUUUGACCAGACCUCGGCGCCGGUUGCCUGCAGUGACGACCGGUUUCGCAUCAACACGAAGAACCUGCGCAUUCGCGAAGACACCGCGAAGUAUCUGCUGAACCUCGACAUCAACAGCGCCUUCUACGACCCGAAAAGCCGAAGCAUGCGCGGGAACCCUUUCGAGCACUUGAAGGAAGAAGACCAAGCGUUGUUCAAGGGCGACAACUGCGCUAGAGAAACCGGAGACGUCCUCAAGGCGCAGAAGCUGCAGCUCUUCGCCUGGGAAGCGUACAAACACGGCGCACAAGUCCACUUUAACGCGCAGCCCACGCAGCUGGAGAAAUUGUACCAGGAACAUAUCGACAGAAAGAAAGAGUUGGAGGAGGAGAAGAAGAACGCGCUGUUGAACAAAUACGGCGGGAAGGAGCAUUUGAAUGCGGAUCCGCGAAUGCUCUUGGCCCAGACGGAAGUCUACGUCGAGUACUCUCGAGACGGAAACAUCGCAAAGGGCCGAAACCGCGUCUUGAUCAAGUCCAAGUACGAGGAAGAUGCAUACGUGGGAAACCACACGAGUGUCUUCGGAUCCUGGUACAACAUGGCAACGCAAAAGUGGGGUUUCAAGUGUUGCAAGCAAACCGACUUCGCGGCAGAUUGCACGGGGAAACAGGAAGACGCGAUCACAGAGGAAUCGAUUGGUUUGACAAACCCGAGAGAGGCCUCCGAGAAAGCGUCGGGGACUGUCUCGGCCGAGGCAGCGUCCAGUGAGGCAGGCGGCGACACGGGGGACAAAGGGGCUGGGGCUGCGUCUCAGUAG